AUGGGCACCGCCCUGUCCACCUCGUGGGCGUCUCUCCCGUCCAUCGCCGAGUUCUCCCCUCCAACCCCUGCGGCGUACACUGCCGUGGUUACGGUCUUCCAGUACUUCCCGGUGUGCACUAUAUUGCAAUGGCUUCUCUCGUGGCACCCGGCGGGCAAAACGUCCCUCAACAACUCCAUCUUCAACAUACCAGGCCGAGUAGCCUGGUGCGCCAUGGAGAUCGUUGGUCCCAUCAACUUACUCUACAACCUCUCCCAAAGCACCCCCUCCUUGACUGAGCUGCCCGCAAUCAACCAGCUUGUUGCCGCUCUCUAUUGCGUGCACUACGCCAAUCGUGCCGUGAUCUCACCCUUCUUCUCGGCACCGAGCAUGUCACCCAUUCACGUCUUCGUGAUGGUCAGCGCCAUGGCCUUUAACUGGCUGAAUUCUUCUUGUCUUGCUGGGUGGUUAUCCGGCUACGAGAUCCCUAUCGCCGGUUAUCGUACCAACGGCGCCGAGGCUCUGGUUUCUUCGUCCUUGUCCUCUGAUUCCCUCUCGCUGGUUCAGAUCCUCCCCAUCGUCGGAACUGCUCUGUUUGUCAUUGGCAUGGCUGGUAACAUCUAUUCGGAGACAGCACUCUUCAAUCUCAGAAGGGAAGAAGCUGAGAAGCGUGUCACAAAGAAAUCAGACGACAAAGUUCCUGCUAGUGGUGACAACAAAUUCCAGAAGGUCUAUGUCAUCCCGCCCGUGAAGGGCGUCUUCCGAUCUAUCCUGUACCCGCACUAUGUCUUCGAGUGGCUGGAGUGGACUGGGUUUGCUCUCACUGGAGUCGCGGUGUUCCCCCUUUCUCUGUCUACCAAGAUCGGCACUGCCACUAGUGCGGUCGUUGCUCCACCGCUCCGGCCUGCGCCGUGGAUUCUCCCUGCUGUGUGGGCAGCGGAUCGAUUUGGGGUGCCACUUCCUCUGCCAGCUGUGCUAUUCGUGAUUAAUGCCGUUGCAAAUAUGCUGCCCCAUGCCCGGUGGGGCCGAAAAUGGUAUGUUGAGAAGUUCGGAGACAAGGGCGUUUCUGGAAGAGGCGCUGUGGUGCCUUGGUGCGAAUGGAUGUGA